CUUCAGGUUUACCGGUGUGACCAGUUCGCUCGAGUGGUGAAAUUGAGGACUAUGUUCAAGCAGUGCAACGCCACCCACAUUCGACUAUCAGCCAUCUUCAACUCGUUUGUGCAGGAACCGUCUAUCAAGAUUAAAUUUUAGUACGGAGACGAAACAUAGUAUAUGUAGGAAAACAAAACAUCCGGACAAAGAUGACGAACUCACGGAUAAACUGGGGCGAACUGUUCCCCAGCAAAAAGAGCAUAUUCAUUUUCAUCACUUAUAUGUCGCUGUUCGUUGGCCAGGGAAUUCUUGUGACUGCUUCCCAACGGGCUGAUAACAGCUACAGCUAUAACACGGUGCUGGUUGUGCUGUUGACCGAAGUACUGAAGCUAAUCAUUUCCACUGUGCUCUACUGUCGAGAGCACUCGAUCAAAUCGCUGGUGGUGAAAGUCGUCGAGGGUAGAGACGUUCUGCUGUUGUACUUUGUACCGGCAUUCCUGUACUGUUUGUACAAUAAUCUGGCCUUCGUGAAUCUAUCGACCUUUGAUCCGACGACGUACUAUCUGUUGCUGCAGCUUCGCGUCGUCAUCACCGGAGUGCUCUUUCAGGUAAUCUUCAAGAAAUCUCUAAGCCGGAAGCAAUGGUUUUCUUUGUUUCUGCUGACCCUCGGCUGUAUGCUGAAGCAGUGGAACUUUUCCCUGCCGUCGUCGACGUCCAACGAUGACACGGGUAAAGAUCCAGCUGCAGCGGCAAUGGACGGAACCUUCCGAGGGAAGAACAUAUCCGGAUUCGAUCUCAGCUUCAGUGCCAUUCUGAUUUUGGUGCAAACUGUGUGUUCUUGCUUGGCUGGGGUCUACAAUGAAUAUCUACUGAAGGGGAAGGGAUCGGACAUCAAUAUCUACGUCCAGAAUGUGUUCAUGUACUUGGACUCGAUCGUGUGCAAUCUCCUGAUAUUGAUGUUCCGCGGGGAAUUGGCCGCUGUGGUCACCAAGGACCACCUACUGGAGGUGUUCCGUUUCGAAGUGCUCGUGAUCAUGAUCAACAAUGCAGCGAUUGGGAUUAUCACCAGCUUCUUCCUGAAGUACAUGAACUCGAUCCUCAAAACGUUCGCCAGUGCCCUAGAGCUGAUGUUCACGGCUGUGCUGAGCUAUUUGCUCUUCUCGAUCCCAAUCUACUUGAACACCGCUUUGGCGAUAUUCGUCGUGUCCUACGCGAUAUACCUGUACUCUCUGAAUCCCGUAGUCAAUCUGGCCAGCAAAACCGGAGGAAGCACUCAUCGGGACAAGGAUGAAAGUCGAAAAGCUUUGAUGGGCAAAGACGAUGACGAUGAUGAUAUCGAACUACAGAUGGAAGAAGUUUAGCAAGUUUCUUAUCCUUCACAGUAUUUAGCGCAUGAAGCGGGACUUAGUCACCAAAAAUCCACUUUUACGAGAGCACUAUCAUCCCACUUUCCUUCCUGAGAACCAUUUCAGUUUGUUGUGUUUAAAUUUAGGUUAUAUAGGAAUAAUAGGCGGUAUAACUCCACACGACGCCGGCUCCGUCGAGUUUAAACUUUACGUAAACUGUUUUAGCGACUUAUAAGUCACCUUUGAAAGGGUGGAAAUUAUUUAUUUUGUAUUUUUUAACGUAAUAAAAAGAGAAAUCAUCUUUACGUUGUGCAAGAUAUGUGAUAAAAAUAUAAAAUCUGAAAGGA